CGCUAGUCAGCUGUUGAUGCGGCCAUUCAAUCGAGAGCUAGCUAGCUCGAUUCGACUUUGUGGGUAGUGUAUUUCGCCAGCCUGGGUGACGAAUACUGGAACGGUUGCUCUGGAAAAUGAAACCGUGAGGAACAAUUGGUGUUCCGAGCGUUGAUACUGUGCUCCCAGGUCAUCAUUAUUCCUUUCAGCCUAGCCUUCUGGCCGCUGACAGGGUCGAUCAUGCAGAGCCAAAAAAUCCAGCAUAAAUAAAUUGCCCCCUUGCCUUUUUUUCACAUUCCCUCCUCUCGACCUCUUUCAAAAGGCCAGGCUCCAUCCAACCACCAUUCAUAAAAGAAAUACUUGGCCAAGAAGUAAACCCAGAAAGAUUUUAAAGCAAAUUGAUACCAUUGCGCCGGUGAAUUUUAUAUUUGGCUAUCAUCGGAACCCCCCCACUUUUUUCAUUUUGAGUAUGGUUAUAGCUCCAAUGCGUAUUACAGCAGAGGAUGUGUGAUUAAAUACAGCAUAGAUCUCUGCAUGUCGCUAAGCUACACUUCUCUAUGCCCAUCUUCAGCCUGGCAGUGCACGAGAUAGACAGGAAUUAUGCUCAAACUCAUCACAGAAAAGCUGCAGAAUCAGUCUCUGGAAGAUGUCAACUUUCCCGCUAUUUUGCCAAAGAUCCCUUUUCAGUACCAGACUAGGAGUAAGACCAGGGCAUUACAACAGACACUACAAGAUGCCUUACUACCAGAUCAUGUUGGAGAAACACUACUUCAAGGCCUGGCUGCAUCCAAGCAGUCAUCUUUUUUCUCAAGUCUAUUAGUUCAUACAGCAUCGUCAACAGUAACAACUACAACAACAGUAUCGAACACGAUAUCAUCACCGUCAUCAUCCUCAACAUGUAGCAUUCCAGUUACUUCAGUGGAACAAUUUCACAAUGCUGUAAACGAGAGCCUGUCGACCACACCCCCUGCACCGCCAAAGAAACGACACUGUAGAUCGCUGUCGGCUGGGGAGGUCACGGAAGGCAGGUCGAGGUGGAAGCCAAACGCAUCAAAGAUAUGGCGCCCAUUCCGUCACUGCCGCGCCAAGCUAGACGCUUAUCAAGGCCAUUCUCCCAUGCUAAACGUGAGUAGCUAUAAUAAUAACCCAGGCUCGGAUUCCUCGUCCAUCCCAAGUACGACCCUGAACCUGGCAGGGGACUCAUCAGACCCCAUGAAUCAGUAUUCCACGCCCCCUGAGUCACCGAUACCGCGUCCUGCAUCGGCCACGUCCUGGGAGAACAGCACCAACCCACCGGUGUGGCUAGAACAGACUUCUUUCAAACCGCUUACGUCGCCGCGGCUCUGGCACAGACUACGAUCCUUGGAGGAUGCAGAGAAGGAAGGUCUGUCGGUGAGCUCAGGGUCGGUUGCGUCGCUCACGAGCAGCGUGGAUUCUGCUCCGGAGGUGGACUUGACCAGCAGUGGGGGGUUUGCAAGAGGAACUUUUAAGAAAGCUGUGGUCAUGCCAAGAUGCAGGUCACAACCGUGUGUCUCGAGUAGGAAAAAGUGCGGGAAGAAAAGACGGAGAGAGGAGGAACCGAGACCAAAGUUAGACCUGUUCAAGAUGAGAGAGGUAGGUUUCACAAUCCAUUUUUUUUUUACCAUGAUAACUUCAUAAUUGCUAAACAUUCAUCAUUAUUCACUCAAGGAAUCAAUUCGGCAAGCUCCUUCAGCAAAAUGGUACAUGCCUAUUCGGAAUUCCCACUUGUUGAUUGCUCUAGAUGGCUUUUUCUUCAAUGCAUCGUUCAUUGAUGUGAUUUUUUAAUUUUGAAUGCAUCACAAUGAAAUCACCAUUACUAUACCUGAAUCUUGAUGAAAGUCCAUUCCGAUGAACCACCCUUACUCAAAAUGGGUCGGGAAAUGGACUAAGUGCCCAUUACUUGACUUUCAUCAACCAGGCCAUGCUUACUCGAUAUUAAGAUGCAUAUUAACACAUUUCCAUAAAACUUGCUAGAGGCUUUGGAGGGAAAGAGGAAGCUAAAAGCAACGUUAUUCCUUGAAGAAAACGGCUAAGGAUUAUAGUUGUUGUUCGAAGGCAAGAUCUUGAGGGAUUUGCAAUGCAUUGAAUGAGAUCGCCUCGAUUUGCAGGAAAAGCUACAGGCAGUUCUGACAGCCCUUGGAAAUUAAAGAGCUGGGCUCUGCAUGGAAAUUCACUUCAACGAGUUAUAAAUUAAUUUGCUCUUGCUCAUUUCAUUUUAGAUUUUCCUAGUCCAAAUCUGGAUGAUCUUUAAAUGGAUUGCUCAACUUCAUUCGGGAUCUUGAACUAUUUUUCCCUCUUGCAGCUCAUGCUGUAAUUGUAAUUGCAAACCUUUAGGUCCGAAGGGGGAAUCACCUGAUGUUUUUAAGCUAAUCGGUCUCUUAAUUGCUGUGAUAAUAAUGACUACAGUCACAAGCCUUCGUUAGAAAACGUAUCACUUUUCUUAUUGCGAAGUGUGUAAUGAGGGUAAUGCCAUAAAAUUUGUCAUCUUGAAGAAACAUUAAUUGCAAGCAGUCAUGCACUGACAGCAUGUACAUGUAGGACCCCCACAGCUCAGAUUUUGGCAAACCUCCACCAACUCGAUCCCAUUUAUAUCUCAUCCACGAUGAGAAAUAGGUGGAAAAUGAAGAUGAUGAAGUCACACCGUAUGACCCUUUAAUGGCUCUGCAUUCAGAGUAUAGGGACCUGAUAUUACACUACAGACGUGUCCGGAGAUAGUUUACGAUGAAAACUGAUAUCUCCUAAACACCAGAUGACAUUUAUUUAUUAUUCAUACGCCUGUGACACUCACACUGAAUGUUCACGGUUCAGCGAUGGCCACCACCUCAAAAGAUGGACGCCAUGAAUGUUUCAAACAAGCUUUGACGUUUAUUUUAAUUAGGACGGACCAUAUAUCAAUCAAUUUGAAUGGGAUGGCACCACAAUGUUUGACCAUUGUAUUAGCCUACAUGUCCCGAUUCAUGGAGCGAGUAGCCAUAUAUA